UGUUGACACAUCACAGGGUUGGUAACCAAUGUCAAAAAACGAGUUGCAUAUUGCUUAAUGAGAAACUAAUUCACUCUGUAAAAUUUCAUCUAAAGCACAAUAAACAUAAAUAAAUAAAUCUAAAAAAAAAAAGAAUGGUUAUUGGAAUAUCGAAUGACAGAUGCCCGCCCUCUGCUCUAAUCCUCAUUUUUGAGACGAUCUUUCCAAUCUAUUUUGGGGAUAAAAGGUCGGAGCCUGAGACUGUCUCAUUUGAGCCAGAUGGGUAUGCAGGAACAGCUGUGACCCCUCCCCAACCCAGAGAGAGAUUUCCACCCCAGCUGUCACAGCACCAAGACCCAGAGACUGAGGGUGAGGCCAACAGAGGCAGCACAAGGAGUGGUAGAGAAGAUAAGGAGGCUGAGACACCAAGGAGGAAACUGGAAGGAGGGCAACCGUCUUGAGAUUGGUACCUGGCGAUCUCCGUCCUGCCCCCUCCAUGCAGUUUCCCAUGGGCCCUGCCUGCAUCUUCUUAAGAAAAGGCAUCGCUGAGAAACAGCGGGAAAGACCACUAGGACAAGAUGAGAUUGAAGAGCUCCGGGAAGCAUUCCUUGAGUUUGACAAAGACCGAGAUGGGUUCAUCUCUUGUAAGGAUUUGGGGAAUCUCAUGAGGACGAUGGGAUAUAUGCCCACGGAGAUGGAACUGACUGAACUGGGCCAGCAAAUACGCAUGAACUUGGGUGGCCGUGUAGACUUUGAUGACUUUGUGGAGCUCAUGACCCCCAAAUUGCUUGCAGAAACAGCUGGUAUGAUCGGAGUCCAGGAGAUGCGAGAUGCCUUCAAGGAGUUUGACGCCAACGGGGAUGGUGAGAUCACGCUGGCGGAGCUGCAGCAGGCCAUGCAGAGGCUUCUGGGAGAGAGGCUUACGGCCCGGGAGAUCUCUGAGGUGGUCCGGGAGGCCGAUGUUAACGGGGACGGCACCGUUGACUUUGAAGAGUUUGUGAAGAUGAUGUCUCGCUGA